AUGGAUUCAUUUCUGAAUAGCGCAACUGCUGCUCUACGUUCUGGUUGUUCGAGUCAGUGGCUUUUUAUAGUUGGAAAUGAAGCAUGUGAUUUAGAUAGUACAGCGUGUGCUCUUGCCUAUGGAUUUUAUAAACAAACGAUGCUUGGAAAUGAGUUCACUGUUAUACCUGUAUGCAAUAUCAAUAGAGCCGAUAUGAUUUUACGUACAGAAGUUACUUUUUGGCUGACUCAAUGCGGUUUAAAAUGGGAAGAAUUAAUUUAUGCCGAUGACGUGUUCAGUGGAAGUCAGGCAACACUUAAUGGAAAUCAAAUAUCUCUUAUACUUCUUGAUCAUCAUUUACCAAGUGAGAAAUUUAGCCAAUGGCCAAUUGUGGAAAUAAUUGAUCAUCAUCAAGUAACAAAUAAUCAAAUUGUUGAAAAGUGUCCUUUCAAACAAAUUGAUCUUGUCGGCUCGUGUUCAAGUCUAGUUACGCUGGAAAUUUUAAAGGGAAUCGAUGGAAGUGAACUACCAGCCAGUGUAUGGAAAUUACUUUAUGGUGCUAUACUGAUUGAUACAAUUGGACUUUCUAGUGCUGGUCAAACAGCUGGACGUUUAACUGACUUAGAUUAUCGUAUGGCUUGUCGUAUUGAAGAUAUUAUUUGUGAUCAAAUAUUUACGCCGAGUACUUCUAGAAAUACAUUGUUCACACAAUUGGAAGCAGCAAAAUUCGAUGUUCAAGGUUUGUCUACAUGGGAUUUGUUACGUCGUGAUAUGAAAAUUGCUUCAAAUCCAGAUAGUGAUAAAUGUCGAAUUGUAUGUUCCACUAUCUCUGGAAUGGAUUUUCAAGUAUUGGCUGGUAGAUCCGACUUCAUUGAAGCAGCAAAUCGAAUGUGUACGGAAUAUAAUACAACUAUACUUAUCUGUAUUACUGUUGGAUAUCCACCAGGAGAUCACUCUUCUUCUGCGCCUCCAUCUGAGUUAACAGCUUUCCGAAGAAGGGCUGUCAUUUUUUACAGUAUGGAUGCUCCCAUUCAGUAUUAUAAUGCUUUACUUCAGUAUUUUCUUGAUCCAAAGCAUAAUUUACAGUUAGUGCCUCAAUCUAUCCCUGGAUUUAAUCAUUUCACCGCAAUUGUGAAUAAUAUCAAAGUUACACGGAAAACUAUAUUGCCUUUAUUGAUUCACUUCCUACAACAAUCAGAAUCAUUGGAAAAUACUAAGGCAACAUUAGUAGAUAACAGUCGUAAAAAUGACGAGCAUAACAAUAAUGAUGAUAAUGACGAUGAUAAUAAUAAUAAUAAUAAGCCUAUGGAGGAUAAUAAUCAACCGGAAGAGAAUACUAAGAGUUCAAAGUCACCUGAUACAAAUCUUAAGUGUUCAUUGAAAGCACAGGAUCAGACUAAAGAUACAUUUGAGUUUGUUUCCAAGGAUGUUGUUCUUUCCUUACAAAAUUGGCUUAUUCCUUUACGUCCACGAGAACGAUGUGAAUUUCUUCGGUCCUGUCGACAAAGCUCCCUUAAUCAUGAUGAAAGUCCAUCACUUGAUCUAUUAAAUUGUUUAUGGACAAGUAUUUUACGAGAGAUUGGUAAUACUUCGCAUACAACGAAGUAUGCUGUCGGGACACAGACACCGCUACCUAAACUAGUCUGGUUAAAAUCACGUCAAAAUAGACGUGUUGCAAGUAUGAUUCAUGGCCGAAAUUCAGUUAUCAAAGGAGUUGCAAACAAAAUGGAAAAUUUCAAGUCUUCACGACGUUUUACUCUAUCAGACAUUAAAGAUCUUAGUCCACAUGAAGAAAUACCAUCACUGACAAGUAAAAAUGAUAUGCCAGCUAUACGUCUUAUUCGGAAUGGAUCUGAUGAAGAUUUAAGUGUUUCAGAUUCUGAAAAUACUAAACCAAGUUGGCUUGAGACUGAAUACUUAACACGUAUUCCUGCUUGGCUACCAACUAGUUUCAUUUCAACUUCAUUGGAUUCUGCUGAAGCAAUAAGUUAUAGACUUUAUCGUCGUUUAUCUUCAAUGUCAUUGUGUAGAAAUUUCGAUGACGAUAUCCCGCCUUGUGAGCAUUCAUCUCCGCUGGAGAGUGGUCAAGUUCCGCCUAAAACUUUAUAUAAAAAUAAUCUUGAUACUAGUAAACUUGAAGCUGAUGAAUUAGCCUUAUUACAUAAAGAGACAUCAACAUCUGGUUUAUGCAGUUAUAUGAAUUGGUCUUCUAGCCAACCAGAUUAUAUUACUGAACGAGGUCUUAAAUACCUGAAGUUGGAUUCUCAUGUUCAGCCAAGUAAAGCUGACAACAUAAGUAUGCAAUCUACAACUCCAAUUGAAGAUUUAUCAGCCAGUUCAACUGAAAACACAAAAAUUGUUGUUUCAGGCGAAGGUAUGGAGACGUAG